AUGCCUCCGAAGCGGAAAUCCGGGGGAGCGGCCGAGUCAGGCGCAUCAGGCAGGGCUGCGAGGCAGUCCAAGCUCGCCAAGGAGCACGACAUCACCGCGCAGGAGGAGGCCGAGAUCAAGGAGGCCUUCACGCUCUUCGCGGAGCCCAUGGAUGGCGAGAAGGAGGGCGUCAUCCCCAUCGAUGACGUCCGCAGGGCCAUGAUAGCCCUCGACAUCCCGCCCAAGGACAAGGACGAGCUAGCCGAGUUUAUCGAGGUCCUCGACCCGGAGGACGAGGGCUUCGCCAACUACCCCGCCUUCGUCGCCAUCUGCGCGCUCAAGCUCCACGCGCGGGACCAGACUUCCGACGCGCACAUCCACGAAGUCGACGAGGCAUUCUCGCUUUUCACGGGCGGCGGCACCACAACCGGUGAGGACGGUGGCGCGUCGCAGAGCAGCGUCAUCACCGUCGCGCACCUGAAGAGGGUCGCCGCCGUGCUCAAGGAGGAGGUUGACGACGACCUGCUGCGGGAUAUGAUCCUGGAGGCGAACGGUGGGGCGGGGGUGGGCAAAGGCGUUAAGAAGUCCGAGUUUGACAACGUGAUGAGGAGGGCAGGUGUCUGGAGAUGA